CUUUUUAACUUUCAUUUCGCGUUUGUCUACACGAAACAAUAGUGACAUGAGUAUAUCAAUGGACGAACUAUUAAAAAAAACAAAUAUGUCGUUGGUCGAGAUCAUAAAAGAGCAAAAGGGAAAAUCAAGAAGGAAAAUAAUAAUAAUAAUGCCGCAAGCUGAAAUUGCUGCAUUGAAGAAAUGUCAAGGGCAGGAAGUGGACUCAUCUGAAAGCGGAGUGACGGACACCGAGGCACUAAAGGAAGUCGUAAGUAAAUUAAGUUCUCACAACAAGAUAGUCCAGAUUAACUUUGAUGAAGUCUUCACAAGUAAAAGGGUAAUCUACAGCCGAGCUGAAGACAAGAUGCUCGGCUGCGGACUAUCACCCAAAGGGGAAAUGGUUGAGUACGUAUUAACCACCAUUCAACAUCAUGCUAAGUGCAACACCACUCACUAGACAUAAAGGUGAUGCCAGCCAAUUAGAAGACGUCAUCAAGCUGAAGAGGAGAUCGGAUGAGAUGUCAAAGCCGUUGUCUGAGCCAGAUCGUCGUCCAACAAAGACAGGACGAAGCACAUUUUAACGGCGUUUACAAAAGAAAACAAGCAGAUGGCAGCAUUAAAACAAUUUUGCUUCUACACGAUUAUAUUCACCGGCUGACAUCGUUCAAAAGGAAAG